AUGUCAGACGAUGAAUAUUCAGUAUCAUCAGGUGUGGUUGAUUCUCAUUAUCCGAAUGGUGUUAGAAAGUUCAACAAUCCUCAUUUUGAUGAAAGAGACAAUGAGAGCAGUCCUAAGGAAACUGUAGGUGGAACUACUGAAGGUACUGAUGACUACUGCAAAGAAGUUCCCUGUAUUGAGAUGGAAGAGUCAAGCUGGGACAAGAACUCUGGAUCUCAUGCCUUAACUAGUAUAUUUUCAUCUUCUCCAUAUAAAUCGGAGAGAACCUCACCUAAUGGGUUUGAGACAAGCUUUCCUGGGAGACCAGAAGGUUUUGGGAGGAAGGUUCCUCUAUUACAUUAUGAUUCCAACAUAAGGUUGUCAAGAAAUGAUUCUCAAUCUUCCCUUGGGAGUGCUGUGGAUGAGCUAGGAGCACAGACCGCUGAUAGUGUCCAUACUUUUGUUGUAGCUUUGCAGGACUUAAGAAAAUGGUCAAAAAGCUUGAGUAUGACAAAAGGAAAAAAUACUAGAUUGAUGAAAGAAUAUUUGUACAGAAAGAGCUUAGAAGGCAAAGAACGCCUUCUCUACGAGAACAAGCGCAAGAUUAGAGAAGCUCUGCAAGGGGGAAAACCGAUUCCCACUGAGCUUCGGAAUGAAGAGGCGGAGCUUCGUCGAGAAAUUGAUCUCGAAGAUGAGAACACUGCUGUCCCAAGGACACAUAUCGACGAUGAGUACGCAAAAGCAGCAGAAAGAGAUCCCAAGAUUUUGAUAACUACUUCCCGGAAUCCAAGUGCUCCGCUAGUACAAUUUGCAAAGGAACUGAAACUUGUUUUUCCUAAUGCACAACAAAUGAACCGUGGUGGUCAGGUUAUUUCUGAAAUUAUUGAAACUUGCCGUGCACAUGAUUUUACAGAUGUUGUUUUGGUUCAUGAAAAUCGUGGCCUACCUGAUGGUUUGUUUAUAAUCCACCUUCCUUUUGGUCCAACGGCUCUUUUUGAACUGCGCAAUGUGGUUAGAAGACAUGACAUCAAGGACAAGAAAGCUAUGGGAACGAUGCCGCAGGUUUAUCCACAUGUGAUUCUUGACAAUUUCACGACAAAGUUGGGUGAGAGAACAGCAAAUAUUUUGAAGCAUCUCUUUCCAGUGCCAAAGCCAGAUACAAAGCGCAUAAUCACUUUUGCCAAUCAGUCAGACUAUAUUUCAUUCACGCAUCAUACUUAUGGAAAGCAUGGAGGUCUUAAAUCCAUCGUUCUGGAGGAGAUUGGUCCUCGGUUAGAAAUGAGGCCUUUCAAGAUAAAGUUGGGAACACUGGAUCAGAAUGAAGCCCAGGAUGAAUGGGUCUUCAAGCCAUACAUGAACACAGCGAAGAAACAGAAGUUUAUAGGGAUUUGAUGUGGCCUGAAUCUUGAUUGCUAGCCGUUACUUGUGGUAGACAGAUUAAGAUUGAGGAAAGCGAUCGGUGGAAGAAACGGCCCAAGAAAAGGAAAGACUGCAGCAAGGAAAAGGGAUACAAAAUCUGGCGCACCCAAAAUCAUGGCCGGUUGCCUCAAAUUUUCUGCGUUUGUUUUUUUCCUUUCGUUCUCAUGAACCUUCUGUGUCUUUUGGUAAUUUAACUAUUUUAUGCACUGUAUCAAACUCUGGCUGUCUAUGUUUAAU